UCGUCGACCUCACUCAACUCCUAUUUUUUCACUUCUACCACCAUCCACUUCCGUCUGGCUUUUUUCAAUUUCUCAAAAUUCCCUCCAUGUCCCCUUAAACCCUUUGCUCAGAAACUCCUUCUUCAUUGCUUUUAGGUUUUUCUUUCUUUCAAAUUAAAGAUCAAGUCAGUUGUUAGUUUUGUGUUCUGAUUCCGUUUCAAUUUGAAGCUUACUUUCUGAGUUCUUCAAUUGUAGUUUAGCCUCUCGUGGGUUACUUUUUUGUUUUCAGCUCUCGUUCUUUCGUUAUUUUUUGACCGUUAUAGGUGUGAAAUUUUCAAAAUUUUGAGCAUUCUAGGGUUUGGCGGAAUCUGGUUCGAUUCUUUUCUAGGGCUUUUUGCUGAGAAGACGUUGGAAAGGGAGAUCCAGAACGAGUGUUUUAAUAGGCUUUUAAUGAAUUUUAUUAAGGGUAUUGCAACGACCAGUGGGUUGUUAAUGGGAUGAAUGACGAGAGAGUUGAGAUGAAACCCUAAUUUUGAUUAUGAGGUUUUGAACAUGAGCCAUGGAGGUGGAGAGAGCAAUACAAAGAGUGAACCAACAAGCGCCACGUCAUCAACACGAGCUGGAGCUGAUCAUUUCGGUCGAGCAGUUGCAAAAAUCGCGGUGGCACAAAUAUGUGAAAGCGUUGGAUUUGAAGGCUUCAAAGAUUCGGCUUUGGAUGCCUUCGCAGAUUUUGUAAUCAGAUUCAUCCGUGACUUAGGUAAAUCCUCCAGUUUUCAUGCUAACUUAGCCGGUAGAACGCAAUGCAAUUUAUUUGAUACAAUUUGUGGAUUAGAAGAGUUAGGAGCUGUAAAUGGGUUUUUAGGUGCAUCAGAGAUACGUAAAUGUCUCGUAGGGUCAGGCAUGGUAAGGGAAAUUAUUCAGUUUUCGGAAUCUAAUGAGGAAGUCCCUUUUGCACAGCCAAUCCCACAGUUUCCUAUUAUUAGGAAUAGAAGAUUGAUACCGAGUUUUGAAGAAGUGAAUGAAACACCCCCUGGUAAACAUAUUCCAUCUUGGUUGCCGGCUUUUCCUGAUCGCCAUACUUAUGUUUAUACGCCAAUGUGGAAUGAGAGGAAAUCUGAUCCUCGUGCUGAUAAGAUUGAGCAAGCCAGACAGAGGAGGAAGGCAGAGAUGGCUUUGUUGAGUUUGCAGCAGAGGUUGGUGUCCAAUGUUGAAGCAGGAAGUUCAUCCUCAUGGAAGCCUAAUUAUGAGGUGAAUGAUUCACAAGAAGCUGGAAGCAACCCAUAUCUUGCUAAGCCUUUGCAAUCUGAAGAGAAAGAUGUUCCUCCUGUGGUUUUGCCUGCAAAGCUUAGAAAUGAAUUGUCCGGGGGAAAUACUGUUUCUGUGAUGGAUGCAUUUGGUCCUGCUAUUGAAGCAGUGAAAGGUAGCAGUCUCUGUGAUGAUGGAGAUGGUGAUCGGAAGAAUCUUCCUGACAAGAGGCCUGCUGUUAAUUUUAAAUUUAGAAGCGGAAAGAAGUUUCUGGGUGAAUUUCUGGAUACCAGUCUUCAGAAGAAGGGUGGUGGAAGAAGUGCAUCAUUAUGGCGGGAUGAUGAGAAGGAUGACAAGAAGAGAAGAGCUGAGUAUAUUCUUAGACAAUCUAUAGAAAACCCACAAGAACUCACUCAGUUGUAAAAUAGUUCAUGACUUUAAUGCUCGUUAGAUGUAUUCUUACUUUAGAAAUUGGUGCCAGAAGUGAUGGGCUAUUAGUUGCUGUUACACUAUAGGCAUACUGUUGUUCUGGCAUUGAUAUUAAGGGAACCCUGUUGGGAAUCCGUUGGCAUCCCACUCUAACAAUUGUGAUAGGUAUGUGUUUGAUUUUACGUUUCUCUGGCUGUAGUGUAGACUGAUUCUUUGAAAAUUAAAAGUUUUGCUCUUUUCACAA